AUGUUUUCGUCCGCGGGCAAGCGAUGCUUCACGAUCGAGUCCCUGGUGGCCAAGGAGAGUCCUCUCUCCGCCGAGGAGCCCAUCCGCCCCACGGCCUUGACUUACUCCGGCCCCGCGGCGGACGCCUUCAUGAACGGCUACCAGGGCCCGGCGGGCAGGUCUCUGUAUCAGGGCCCGGAGCUGGUGUUCCCGGAGACCGUGAACCAUCACUCCCUGCACGCCAUGACGCCGCACCAGCUGGGCGGCUCGCACCUGCAGCAUCCGCACUUCUUCGGGACGCAGCACCGGGACCCGCUCAACUUCUACCCCUGGGUCUUACGGAAUAGGUUUUUCGGGCACAGGUUUCAAGGAAACGACGUGUCCCAGGACGGCCUGCUGCUGCACGGCCCCUUCGCCAGGAAGCCCAAGCGCAUCCGGACGGCCUUCUCCCCGUCCCAGCUGCUGCGGCUGGAGAGAGCCUUCGAGAAGAACCACUACGUGGUGGGAGCCGAGCGGAAGCAGCUGGCCAGCAGCCUGAGCCUAUCAGAGACCCAGGUGAAGGUGUGGUUCCAAAACAGGCGGACCAAGUACAAGCGGCAGAAGCUGGAGGAGGAAGGUCCGGACAACCAACAGAAGAAGAAGGGCAACCACCACAUCAACAGGUGGCGCAUCGCCACCAAGCAGGCCGGCUCCGAGGACAUUGACGUGACCUCAGAGGACUAA